CGAAAAAUAAAAGGACGUGGGAGGAAGGAUAGGCGGUUAAGUGAUUGAGUGAGUGAAGUGUUGGAGAAGAGAAUGGCGCCCGAUGCAGCCGCCGCCGCCGGCAAGAAGAGGAAGCGCUAUCUCCCUCACAAUAAGCCAGUGAAGAAGAAGGGUUCAUACCCACUGCGCCCCGGCGUUCAAGGUUUCUUCAUCACCUGCGACGGUGGUAGGGAGCACCAAGCCUCUCGUGAAGCUUUCAAUAUCCUUGAAUCGUUUUAUGAAGAGCUAGUUCAUGGGGAAAAUCCAGGUGCUAAAGGAUUACCUAACAAACCUAUGAAUACAAAGAUUACGUUCGCGGAUUCUGAUUCUUCUAGUAGUGACGAUGAGGCGGAGCAGCAGGAAGAAGAGGAAAAGGGGGACAAAACGCUUAUAACUGAGGGAAAAGAUAACGAUGAUGGUGAUGCAAAUUGUGGCAAUGGAGCUGAGGGAAAAUCAGAUGCUCCGAAGAUCGAUGAUUCCAAUGCUGAUCCAGUAGACAAAGCUGAUGAUGAUAAAGGAGAAGUUGAAAAUAAAGCUGAUGAGCCACCAGCCAUGAAACAGUGUUCCAAAACAGAUGCCCCAACAUGCAAUUCGAAGGAGAAAGGGGAACAGAAGUCGAUUGAUAGGUUAAUUGAAGAAGAGCUUGAAGAAUUGGGAGACAAGAAUAAGAGACGAUUUCUCAAGCUUGAUUCAGGUUGUAAUGGUGUUGUAUUUGUACAAAUGCGAAGGAAAGAUGGGGACAAAAGCCCCAAAGAUAUAGUUCAUCAGAUAGUGACAUCAGCAGCAUCGACGAGGAAACAUAUGUCAAGGUUUAUUUUGAGAAUUUUGCCAAUUGAAGUCUCAUGUUAUGCUUCAAAAGAGGAAAUUUCAAGGGCAAUCAAGCCUCUUGUGGAGCAGCACUUUCCAGUGGAAACUCAAAAUCCGCAGAAGUUUGCUGUACUGUAUGAAGCCCGUGCAAAUACUGGUGUUGACAGGAUGGAAAUCAUUGAUGCAGUGGCAAAGUCAGUUCCUGCACCUCAUAAAGUUGAUCUCAGUAAUCCUGAUAAAACCAUAAUAGUUGAAAUUGCCAGGACUGUGUGCUUGAUUGGGGUCAUUGAGAAAUAUAAAGAAUUUUCUAAGUACAAUCUGAGGCAGUUAGCAUCACGGAAAGCCUGAUCGUUGCGGUGCAAACUUUUCUGCAAAGUUAUGUUUAGUUAAUUAUUAGCAGUAUUUAGACUAAAGUUAUAUAGUCUCUGACGAUUGUGUUUUUAGGAAGAUGCUAGAUUACCUUCAGCAGGUCCCAUGAAUAAUGAAUGUACUCUACUACUCAUCAUGGCCUUACUCUGUUCAUUGUUUUGAAACCCUCAAA